AUGCACGGUAUUAAAAGGAAAGAGUGGACCAAGGAGUUAUUGAGGCAAAAGAGAGUCCAAGACGAAAGGAAAAUACACGAGUAUAGACACUUAACUGAAGAUGUUUUGAAUUUGAGGGAUGAACAGAUCUAUUCAACCGGAGCCUUCGAGAAAACGUCUGCACUUUUGGAGAAGAAUCCCGAAUUUAAUGCUAUUUGGAAUUAUAGGAGAGAUAUCACAAGCAACCUGAGCUCUGAACUGGAAAUAUCUUUUUGGAAUAAAGAGCUGGCAUUCGUAAUGUUGCAAUUGAAAAAGUACCCCAAAGUUUAUUGGAUAUGGAAUCACAGACUUUGGGUUUUGGAACACUAUCCCACUGAUUUACCCAAGAUUUGGCAAACUGAACUUGCUGUUGUGAAUAAGCUAUUGGAACAAGAUGCAAGAAACUAUCACGGAUGGCACUACCGUAGAAUAGUUGUCGGAAAGAUUGAAAAUAUUACCAAUAAAAGUCUCGACAAGGAGGAGUUUGAAUACACGACAAAUAAAAUAAACAAUAAUAUUUCAAAUUAUUCCGCAUGGCAUCAAAGAGUGCAGAUCGUAAGCAGAAUGUUCCAAAAAGGAGAAAUCGGAAAUCAAAGGAAAUAUAUCCAGACGGAAAUCUCUUAUAUCAUUAACGCCAUAUUUACUGAUGCUGAAGACCAAUCUGUGUGGUUUUACAUCAAGUGGUUUAUUAAAAACGACACUGUUUUCAAAACUCUAGGCAAACGGGAGUAUGUUCAGAUGCUGAGAGAUCUGAGGGAAAAUAUUGUGUUAAUUAAUAAUGAUGAGAUUGAUUUUUCUGGGAAGCAAAACAUUUGGUGCUUGAAGAUUUUAUUAGUUCUAGAAAGCAUUUUGAAGGAAAACGAAUCCCUAACGGAAAGUAACUCAGAGGCGUAUUUGACUCAGUUGAUAGACACUGAUCCGUUAAGAAAAAAGAGGUACCUCCAUCUUUUAAAGGAUCUUAAAUGA